AUGGACUUCACGAACCCGGCCAGCGUGCUCGACUUGAACAACAUUCGGGCGGAACUCGUCAAGAUGGAGGACUCGAUCAUCUUCAAGUUCAUCGAGCGGUCACAUUUCGCGACUUGCCCAGGCGUGUACACACCCAACAACGCGCAUCUGCACCUCGACGACUUCCACGGGUCGUUCUUGGACUGGCUGCUCGUCCACUUGGAGAUCACGCAGUCGCAGAUCAGAAGGUAUACGUCGCCAGACCAGACUCCUUUCUUCCCAGAUAAGAUCAAGGAAUCUAUACUCCCAGCGAUAGACUACCCGCAGGUGCUGGGACCCCAAGCAUCCGCGGUCAACUACAACGACACAAUCAAGCAAGUGUACAUCGAUAAGAUGGUGCCGCUCAUUUCAAAACUGGAGGACGACGACGAGAACAACUACGGGUCCGUUGCGUCCUGUGAUAUCGAGUGUCUUCAGGCACUCAGCCGCAGGAUCCAUUUCGGAAAGUUCGUCGCGGAGGCCAAGUUCAGGAACGACGUCGAGUUGUACACGGACCUCAUCAAAAGGAGGGACAUACAGGGGAUUGUCACAAGUAUCACAAACUCGGCCGUCGAGGAGAAGAUUCUGCAGAGACUGACCACAAAGGCAGAGGUUUACGGUGUUGACCCGACCAAUAAGGAGGGCGAACGCAGGAUCACGCCAGAGUACCUAGUCAAAAUAUACAAGGAGUACGUCAUCCCGUUGACCAAAGACGUCGAGGUCGAGUACUUGCUCAAAAGACUAGAGGAUGUCGAGUGA